AGAUGGCAACGUCAACACGCAUAAUGAUGAGCCCAUGGACCCGUCGAAUGUAAACGCGCUUCCUCCUCGCCUUGGUGAUCGACCCCUAGGUGUACAUAUCUGAUCAGCUGACAUUGAUCGCCACAUCCCAAUCCAAAAGACCACAAACCGAAGCAGAAUCUAAGAAACAUCGUUCAAAGGCUCUCGUUUCGCUGUACAGGAGGGAAUAGAGGAGACUGACUGCGCUUCUCUGUAUCAUCCUCUUUCUUGCGCUGCCGAUUCUCCACCACAAUGGCUCUGACCAUUUGCACCAGAUUCACGGACGAAUAUCAGCUCUUUGAGGAGCUCGGAAAGGGAGCGUUCUCUGUCGUGAGACGAUGCGUGAAGAUAUCAUCCGGCCAAGAGUUUGCAGCCAAAAUCAUCAACACGAAGAAGUUGUCAGCCAGGGAUCACCAGAAGCUGGAGAGAGAGGCCAGGAUUUGCCGUCUCUUGAAACACUCGAAUAUUGUUCGACUCCAUGACAGCAUAUCUGAGGAAGGCUUCCAUUACCUUGUUUUUGAUCUGGUUACUGGAGGUGAGCUGUUUGAAGACAUUGUAGCAAGAGAAUACUACAGUGAGGCUGAUGCCAGUCACUGCAUUCAGCAGAUUUUGGAGAGCGUUCAUCACUGCCAUGUUAAUGGAAUCGUCCACAGGGAUCUGAAGCCUGAGAAUUUGCUGUUGGCCAGUAAGAUGAAGGGGGCUGCAGUUAAGCUUGCAGACUUUGGUUUGGCCAUAGAGGUCCAGGGUGAUCAGCAGGCUUGGUUUGGUUUUGCUGGUACUCCAGGGUAUCUCUCCCCAGAAGUCUUGAGGAAAGAUCCUUAUGGCAAACCUGUGGACAUGUGGGCCUGUGGUGUGAUUCUCUACAUUCUGCUGGUUGGAUAUCCACCAUUUUGGGAUGAAGACCAGCAUCGCCUCUACCAGCAGAUCAAGGCUGGUGCCUAUGACUUUCCCUCUCCCGAGUGGGACACAGUAACCCCAGAUGCUAAAGAUCUGAUUAAUAAGAUGCUGACCAUCAAUCCUUCGAAACGCAUCACAGCUGCUGAAGCCCUCAAACACCCUUGGAUCUGUCAACGCUCCACUGUAGCCUCCAUGAUGCACAGACAGGAAACUGUGGAGUGUUUGAAGAAGUUCAAUGCCAGAAGGAAACUCAAGGGUGCAAUUUUGACCACUCUCCUGGUCACAAGAAACUUCUCAGCAGCCAAAAGCUUGUUGAACAAGAAGACAGAUGGUGUUAAGGUUAACAACAAAACCAACCUAGCCAGCAGCCCCAAAGACACAGGCCCUGCCCCAGCACUGGAGCCACAAACUACCGUUAUCCACAACCCAGUAGACAGAAACAAGGAAUCUACAGAGAGUGUCAACACUACUAUCGAGGACGAUGACUUUAAAGUCAGACGCAUUGGAAACCUCAGCAUUAAUUCAAUCUGGCAACCUGCGGCCCACCCGCAAAACUCUGAGCCCAAGCAGGCACCCAACUCCUCUGUGCAGACUUGCCAAGUUAUCAAUAAAGCUCGUAAGCAGGAGAUCAUAAAAGUGACCGAGCAGCUGAUUGAAUCCAUCAACAACGGCGACUUUGAGGCUUAUGCAAAGAUUUGCGAUCCUGGUCUGACUUCUUUUGAGCCGGAGGCAUUGGGAAACCUAGUGGAGGGCCACGAUUUCCACAGGUUCUACUUUGAGAACGCACUGUCCAAAGGAAAUAAACCUGUUCACACUAUCCUCCUGAACCCUCAUGUGCACCUGAUUGGAGAGGACGCAGCUUGUAUCGCGUACAUACGUCUGACUCAGUACAUGGAUGCCAACGGGAUGCCACGCACCAUGCAGUCAGAGGAGACUCGUGUCUGGCACCGCCGAGAUGGCAAGUGGCUGAACAUACACUUCCAUCGCUCUGGAGCGCCCAGUGUCCCCAUUAAGUAAGACUCAUAGACCAUCUCUACUCCUUAAAUGGACAGCAUCUAGUCUGAGAUAAAGCUCGGUCAUGUAAUUGAAUAAUGACGCUCUAAUCCUUAUCAUACAGUAGAUACGAUGUGAUUCAUAGUGGCUUUAUUGGGCUAAAUAUGGAUCUGGCAGUCAGAACAUGAAUUCUGACAGAAAUUAAUCAAUAUUUUUAAUGCAAAUUUAGUAAUAUGUGUUUGCCUGUGUAUAUUUUGUAGUUAAUGGAAUAGUAAGCUUCAGUUUUUCCCCUUCGAGGGAAAACCCGUCAGCAAAAACCCAACUGUCUGUCAUUCAAGCUGGAGGAGUGUCUCAUAAGCCACACCUGCUUCCCAACAAUCUCGCCCUUUUUCCUUCCCCUCUGAGGGUCGUUUACACGUUAUCGCACAUGGACCAGAGUUUUAAAGCGUUGUGCUACAGGUCAUCACUUACACCAAAACCCAUGGGCCAUUCGCAUAGAUGGACAUUAUUAAAAGGAGUGUAUUUUUAACAUUUUAUUUACCGUUUCUUUUUUUAAGCUGUUUUGGUAUACAUUUUAAUGUAUAGAUAUGUAAAGAGAAUCACCUUUCCCCAAGUCUGUACUGUAUUUUUAUGUCUAUUUAUGUGUGUGCAAUAUAUCAUGUUUUGAAAGAUAAGAAUGUUAAUAUUGAGCUUGCUAUUGUUCUGGUGAUGUACAUAUGUUGUGACUGUUCAGAUAAAAAAAAAUGAUCAAAUAAAAAUCUAAAAAAAACAAACAUUUAAAAACCUUUUAAUGGCUAAUGGCAAAAUUAAAAUUGUAGUAAAUGCUGUUGAAAAGCUUUGUUUAUAUUCGCUAGCUUACAGUGUUUGGCUAUUUAAAGAUUCUGAUUUACUUUACUUGAUUUACAAGAAUUGCAGCAUACUAAAUGGACUGUAUGUUUACCUUUAUGUCAUAGAAUAUGAGAAAAAACAGAUAUCAAAAAUAAUGUAGCAUAUAUGAUACAUCACGCUGACAAGCAUUGGGUAAUGCAUGGAGGACUAUAAUUUGAAUGACCAUGAUCAUUUAUUGACUUUUUUCUCUUGUUCAUAUUGUGUAAUUCAUGGUUUCCUUAUCGAAAUGUUUGUUUUAUUUCUAUCAGUAUCAUAAAGAUCAGUUAAUGUAAUGAUGAUAAUGACCAUCAUCAUUAUGACCCAACAUCUAGAAAUAUCAGUCUAUAUCUUCAGAUCUUAUGUAGCUUAUUUUUCCUAUAUUGAGUGGAUGUGAAAAUGUUAUCUUUUGACUUUAUAUAAUGGCUGUAUGAGAAACAAAAACGUAAGUAGCUUAUGAGAAACAACGUGUAUCAUUGUCACACAUAUCUGUGCUUUUUAUUUAUCCUGACAUUAUUUUGCCCUGAUUUUCAAGCAUGCACACUGCCCCUAGUGGUGACAUUGCAUCUGUGCGCCACUCAAUUGGAAGAUGAUAAAGUAGACAGAGGGUGAUGUCAGAAUGGAAUGGUCUUCCUCGAGGAAAAACCUCACCACUACUGGACUAUGCCAACUUCAUACACGUUCCAUGUUCUCAUUUUCCUUUCUCUCUUCUUAAAAAAGACAUUUCCUCUGCUGAUACUUACAGAAACCUCAAAGCUCAAAGGAUGUGAAAUACAUAAUAUGUUGCCAUGGUGGCGCUAACAAAUCAACAAAUUUAAUUAAAAAUACAAUAAAGGUGUGAUAUGU